GCACCGAACCAAACGUCCCGGUACACGCGGCGCUGCAGCGAGGUAGACACAGCGAGUGCGGUAGGGCAGGAAGCGCGACGAAGCGGCGCCGCCAGCUCCCCAAAAACCUCGCCAGCCGCCACCCUCUCUGCGUCCGCCCCGCCCGAGCAAAGCAGAACGAGGGGAGGAAAAAAAAAGGUGGCAUACGCUUGCAGCGAUGGCUCUCGCCGCCCGCGCUGCGCUCGUGCGCGUCCUCCCUCCGCCGCGACCAUCGCCGAUCUCGCAACCGAAGCAGCAGCUCAAGCAAGGUUUAGGCGGCCGCGGCGGGGCCUCGCUCGCGGUGCGGGCGAAGGACUCCGACGACUUCGGGGCCCUGCUGUCGGAGAAGCCCGCCGCACCUGCACAGGCUCCUGCGAAGCGGGAUGGGUGGGAGGGUUUUGGGAGGGAGGCGAGUAGCGUGGAGGUGGAGGAGAAGGAGGAGGUGGAGGUGGAGGUGCAGGGCGAGCCGGCUUCGUCGUGGGGUGUGCUCAACCAGAUCGGCGUCGAGUUGGACUCUGACAAAUCAUAUUCUGCUCUCGUAUAUGGCACAUCUGCUGUUGUUGCAAUUUGGAUAUCAUCAAUCGUGGUUUCUGCACUUGAUUCAGUCCCUUUGGUUCCUCAGGUGAUGGAAGUUGUUGGUCUUGGCUUCACAAUUUGGUUCACAUCGAGAUAUCUGAUAUUUAAGGAGAACCGUGAUGAACUUAUCACUAGAGUCAGCUCCAUCAAGAAGCAAAUUUUAGGGUCUGACAACUGAGCGUCUCUCUUCUUCCUGUUCUGUUAACCACUACUGAGUUUUAAUGGAUGUUUUUUGAAUAAUCAGUACAUUUUUCGGACUUCCCCAGCAAAUUUUACUAAUCGAAAGGUAGUUGUUGUGUUGUGGCAUGUAGGCACGGUGCUCUUUGCGUUGAUUCCAACUAAUUUAGGUGAGCAGGUCUGGGAUGACGUGCUAUUAUGUGCGAUUUUCUUUGUAUGGUUUGUGGGCCUGUUGAGGCGGCUAUCAAUUGUUUGUAUUCCUCUGACCCGGACACCCGGCUUCUGGUUGGUGCCGAAAAUGUUGGUUUUCGCCGCCACUCACCAACUAAUUAUGCUGUCAGCGGCGGCGCAGCCCUUUCUCUAAAUACACUAAAGAAAAUGUUCCCUUUA